CUGAAAAUGUAGCCAAAAAAUGGCAAGUGAGCCGAGAAGAUCAGGACAAGUAUGCAGUUGUGUCCCAGAACAGGACGGAGAGUGCCCAGCAAGCUGGCUAUUUUGACAAAGAGAUUAUACCAGUUUUUGUAUCUUCUAGAAAAGGUCUCACUGAAGUGAAAACAGAUGAGUUUCCUCGCCAUGGGAGCAACAUAGAAGGCCUAUCUAAGUUAAAGCCAUACUUUCUUACAGAUGGAACAGGAACAGUCACCCCAGCUAAUGCUUCAGGAAUAAAUGAUGGUGCUGCCGCUGUGGUGCUAAUGAAGAAGUCGGAGGCCGCUAAUCGAGGGCUCACACCGUUAGCACAGAUCGUUUCCUGGUCACAAGUAGGCGUGGAGCCUGCCAUUAUGGGGACAGGACCGAUUCCAGCGAUAAAGCAAGCUGUUGCAAAAGCAGGCUGGUCCCUGGAGGAUGUGGAUGUAUUUGAGAUCAACGAAGCUUUUGCUGCCCUCUCCGUGGCAAUAACUAAAGAACUUGGAUUAAACCCAGAGAAGGUCAACAUUCAAGGAGGGGCUAUAGCCUUGGGCCAUCCUCUUGGAGCGUCCGGCUGUCGGAUUCUUGUUACCUUGUUACACACGAUGGAACGGAAGGGUGGACACCGUGGUGUUGCUGCCUUGUGCAUUGGGGGUGGGAUGGGCAUAGCAAUGUGUGUUCAGAGAGGAUGAAAUUACUUAACAAUUAAUCAUGCCUAAACACAACUGGACCUUAACCUCCUUUUAAACUAGUACGGUACUAAAUUACAGUAUGUGAGAUCAUAGGACCAACCAAAGUGAGGAUGGAAACCAUCUUUCAUGAGAACCCAAGGCUUGACAGUUUACUUUUUUUAAUGUGUAAUACUCAACAAGAGAAUUGUAUCCAACAUUGUUAUAAAUAAAGGAUAAAGCAGAUCAGUCA